AUGCAAUUACCAGCAAACGAAACCGCAUACUCCAAUGCACAAAAUAGCGAAGAAAUGGACCUUAAGAAGCAUGCCCUCUCCUCAUAUCUGGACGAUAUGACGGAGACCACAGCGUAUACGAGUAUGGGCAGUCUCACGGAUUCCAUAACCACUGCUGGCGCCUCCUUGUCCAUGAGGAGCAGAAGGGGUUCCAUAUUGAAAUCACCGUCCUGUGGUUUCGAACCAUCACCAAAGAAAAAUCUCCCUUCCAAGAGACGAUCACGGAUUAGCUUCUCCACGACACCGAAUCAAGUCUUUACCAUCGAAAACACGGAAGAGUUCUACGAGGAUAUGUUUUAUGAUCCAGAAUCCCUUGCAGACUUUCGGUACGAAGCUCUCAUGUGGGAGACUGGAAUGGUCGAUGAGAAUGGAACGCCCGUCUCAGUUGUUGAAUCUGCCAACGAAACCAAUGACAAAUACGGACACUUGGACGAUUUGAACGGAUCCUUGGACUUUGAUGACUUGCUUUUGGAUGAAAUCAAUCCCACCAAGACUAAGGGUGCUAAAGGUCCUUUGGAAGAUCUCGAACAAGACAAGGAGUACAGCAGAGACGCCAUUAAAGACUUGAGGAAAAGCAUCGAUGGUGCAGAUCGGCAAUGGAAAUCCACUGCCGAUGUCUUUGGCAAUCUUGGUGGGGACUGGGAUUCUGAUGAUGAUUCUGAUUUCAAUGAUGAUCACGAUGAUGAUAUCGAAAGUGUUGCUGGUGACGAUGAAUUGAAUGAUGAUCUAGACAAUCCAUUCACCGCGCUAGACGCGGAUGCUCCAGGUGUAUCUCUUUCGUCAAAGGAAAAGUUUGACAAACAACGAAGACAAUUGUCCUUCCACAAGAACAAGCAACUGUUUGGGGGUGCUUUCAAUUUGGAGGAGGAAGAUGAUGCAUUCUCAUUGGAACCAUCCGAAGACGACUGUAGCCAGCGAUCAGAAAGAUCUUUUGAAGGCAACAAGGAGGAUAGUCAACGAUCACAGAGAUCACCAUCUGUUUCAUGUGAAGUUGUUAAUGACAGCGAACGAACUCAAAGUACUGUUGUUGGUGAUACCAGCGAGAGAUCACAGCUUCGCAAGAAACUAGUGAAACGUGACAGCGUACGCCAAUCGCUGCAAUCCUUGUCCAAUGUCUUUCUCUCAUCAUCGAGCCAUCACGGUGAUUCUUCAGGUGUACUUUCCCUGGACGUCAGUGCUCAUGAUAAUGCUUCUGCUGCUGCUGCUGCUAAUCAUAAUAAUAAUAAUAAUGGGGAAGGAGAUCGACGCAGUCGGCUAAUGGCCAAGAUGAAAGGCUUACGGGAGAGUCUUCGCAGUAUCCAAGACAUGGAAGACAUUGACUCGGAUGAUGACAGCGAAUGGGGGGAUGAGGAAGACGAGGAUCUGAAUCGUGGUGGUUCUGGAAUGAUUGACACCAAGAAUUUAAAGCGUUCGUUGAUUGUGAAGCACAUGAUUUACAGUCCAGUGCCAAAUCAAGGCCGCGGAACGAUAGAACGAAUGGAAAGUUUCAAGGAAUUGACAGUUCCAGAACUAUAG